AUGGAUAACAUUAAUUUGGCUACUAAUUUAAAUGAUUGGUUUAACGAUUCGAUGUUGCAAGUUUCUACCUCUGGAACUGUUGUCAAUGACACUUACCCUACUGGAUUGUCUUCUUCGAUGGUAAAACCGUUAGAUUCUCCGUUACCCAACCCCACUCCGUCACCGAGGUCUAGUGUAUCCGCACAUAAGGGAACUGACAGUGUUAAUCUCGAGCAGUUCGGCAAAUCCGAACGGUUCAAGAUUGAUGAGGUUGCCAGCUAUAUAAUAUUUCAAUACUUCCAUGUACGAGAUAAGGUAUCAGCUGAAAACCUGACGUUGGUGGAUUUGAUAUUGGAUCAGACGUAUCCGCAUUCGUUGACUCUGAGAAAAUUGAAAGAUGACUCUACUUACUACAAGUACUUUGGUACUGUAUCUAGGGAAAAGGAGAUUGGAAGGUGUCCGAUAUUUUUUGUUUCGUUGUACUUUUACUUAACCUGGGGUGGUGACAGCAGUAACAAAGUUAAAUUGGAUACCUUUUCGAAAACCAGAUUAUUAUCUCGUUCUUCAUUAAAUUACUUUGAUCUUGAAGGGGCUCCCGCGAAGACAACAUCUCAAAAUCACUCAAUGUCUAGUAAAAUAAUAAGGACGUCAGUAUCGUUACCGGAUAGUGCCAAGAGUUCUGUUUAUAAUUGGUUGGGACAAUUGAAGGAAGACAUGGACAAACAUGAUAGAGUAAAUUACCGGUUACAUUCUCUUGUUGAACUCUUUGAAUAUCUUUCUGAGUGCCUCCUACAAGACAUGGCAUAUCUCGAGUGUACUAAUGAACUACCUGCAUUACAGUCUGUUAUAAGACAGCAUGAUCAGAAGCUUUUUCAUUCAGGAAUGUUUUUGAAGCUAAAAACUGAUUUGAAAAGACAGCUUGACAGCGAAGCUAUAAACUUUGACUGGUAUAAUACUAUAGUGGUCAAGAUGGGGGAAAAGUUUGAUGAGAUGAAUAGUAAGGCUUCUAAAGAAAACUGUAUAUUGAACGAGAAAUUGCUAUGUUUAAGGAAUGAGCUAAAUAACAUGAAUUCAAUGAUCUCACAAAUUCUACAAUUUCAAAGACAGAUUCUAUCAGGUAAUUCAUCGUUAUCUAAGAACAUGACUACAAAUACCAAUGCGAGUGUUACCUGGCCAAACGUUAAUUCUAGUAAUGUGAUACUGGACAAAAAUUUCAUCGGUACUCUUGCGACUGGUGGUGACCAACCAUCUAACUUAGCACCACUAAAUAUGAUCCCAUCUUUGACUCAUCAAAGUAUCAUAGAUGUCAGCAAAAGAAAGCUUCCACUUCCAUCUAGUCCUAGGGACCCUGCAAGCAAUCCCUUGAAGAAGUUCAAGUUAGAUGAACGUACAAACGAUACUCCAAGUUCAGCACCAGGUGUAACUGGCUUAACAAUGGAUUCUUUAUUGUCGCGCGGUAUUUCGUCACCACGUAUACCAAUUGCUUCUUUAACCGCUGUGCCUAUAAUUCCACCAACCUCAGUUUCUAACGCUUCAACACCACAACAACCGAAUGGUCAAAUUCCUCGAGUCUUUUCAGUUUCUAAUUCCGCCGUUGGUAGCCCAAAUAUCCCUACAGGCUCAUCAAAACAAGAUGCACUGUUGAGCGGCAUAAGCACUAACACGCUUAUUGGAGCCAAUACAGAAUUAUCCGCCAGAAUAAUAGCUACCAAAAAGGCAGAUCAACAAACGAUAAGCGCAGGGUCUGAUGGUGGUGGAAGACCAAAUGAAUCAAUAAAGUACAAACUUUCUAGAGAAAAUAAAACUAUCUGGGACCUUUACACCGAAUGGUACAUUGGAUUAAACGGUAAACCUUCCAUAAAAUCCCUCAUAGAAAGAUACGGCUGGAGACGUUGGAAAGUAAGUGAUGAUUCCCAUUUUUUCCCAACAAGACGCAUUAUCAUCAACUACAUCGAAAAAGAGUGUGAUCGUGGAUUUACUUUAGGAAAGUAUCCGUCUACUAUGGAACGUAAUGUGGCAAAAAAACUCGUAGUCAAGGACCUAGAAAACUUCAGGGUCAACAAUGGUUUAACCCUUAACAGCAUCUCUCUAUAUUUCAGAAAUUUAACUAGAGAAAGUCGUGAAAUUUGCAUAUACAACAAUUUUGAAGAUUGGUCCUUGUUGGUUAUUCCUGACAAAGAGAAGAACAGGUAUUGCAAAAGGCGACAGGGCCUUGUUGCUUGA